AUGCAGCUGCCCUCACUAUUCCAAUUCACAUCUCCGCCGCCGUUCCUCCUCCCAGUUUUACAGCACCAGACCAGACACGCAUCCGUCCUCGCGCAGUUGUCAGAUAAUGCGACAGCGUACAACAAACGGAUAAGACGCGGUCGAGGUCCUUCGUCUGGAAAGGGUAAGACCUCCGGGCGUGGUCACAAAGGUCAAAAGCAGCAUGGAAGUGUUCCCGCAGGUUUCAAUGGCGGGCAGACCAAAGAUGAGAUUGUGCAUGGUGAACAUGGAUUCAAAAACAUCUUCUCCCUCGACAUCUCCAAAGUCAAUCUCGACCGCAUCCAACAAUGGAUCGACCAGGCGCUCGACUCCUCCCGUCCCAUCACAGGUGAUGGGUUCUCGUAUCGGUUGCCGGACCCGACCAACCGCAAGGAUAUUGAGUAUUAUCGUGAUCCGGCUCAUAGGGGUUAUUUGAGUUAUCUUGUGCAGAAAGGGGAAACGCCGAGUUUGUUCUUCAGUGCACCCGGCAAGGCACAGAAGAAGGGUAAGGAGGUAAUGAAAUGCUUCCAGUUGACCUUUUCAAAGCGUGCGAUUCAUCUCAUAAGGUUUGGAGGUUAA